CAGUGCAAUUUAAAAGUUCAACAGUGAAUAAAAAACACAAUUCAGAAUAAUGUUCUUACGGGAUAUUUUAAUAAUACUUUUGUGUGUUGUAUGUAUUGGCAAAGGGGAUAUACUACGCUUGGAUUCUUGCAACAAGUUGUAUGCUAACUUCAAUGUUGUAUUUGAAAAUACCCUACUUAAAAAUACUGUGUAUUCGUUGGUUGAGAAUAUCCUUCUUAAUCGCUGCUUGGAAAUAUGCAUGCACUAUCCGAAAUGUAAAUCAUUUAGCUACAUACUUCAUUAUUCGCAAUGCAGAAUACAUCAUUCUACCAGUGCUGACAAUGAAACAAUUUUACAGGACACAGUUGGAUGGGUGCACUAUGAGACAACUGAAAACGAACAAAAUUUGGGUCCUGUUUGUUUGGAGAAGAAACCUUGUAAAUUUGGAAGAUGUGUGGAUACUUGUGAUGUAAAGGGGUACAAGUGUCACUGUAAAGAAAAAUGGAUUUUACUGACGCGUUCUGUGUGCUUUGAAACCCGUGCAAACCAGUUUGGAACAUUUGAAAUUCCCGAGGACGGAAUUAUCACUGCUAUAAAAUUGGUUCACGUGGGUGGAUCUGGUGUAACUUGUGGUGCAGGAACUCGAACAAAUUGGGGCUGUGAUAGCAGUAGAAAUUAUGACAACAAGGACAAUAUUGGUGUAGCCAUCACAAAUGAUGAAAACCUUAUACUCUAUCCUGAUCGAAAAUAUCACAUUUAUCUUGGUUACUAUAACAUAGCAGGUUACAACGCGUUCGUUCGUUCGUUCGUUCGUUCGUUCGUUCGUUCGUUCGUUCGUUCGUUCGUUCGUUCGUUCGUUCGUUCGUUCGUUCGUUCGUUCGUUCGUUCGUUCGUUCGUUCGUUCGUUCGUUCGUUCGUUCGUUCGUUCGUUCGUUCGUUCGUUCGUUCGUUCGUUCGUUCGUUCGUUCGUUCGUUCGUUCGUUCGUUCGUUCGUUCGUUCGUUCGUUCGUUCGUUUUAUUCUCGUUAGACGAUUUUUUAUUGUAUUCUAUCUGUAAUGCUUGUAUUUGAAUGACAUUUUUCUCA